GUGUGUACACAUAACUUGAACCUUCCAUUUGCUGCUUUUGCAUCUCACUAACUCACUCUCUCUCUCUCCAGAGACACCGAAAAAGAUAGUUGAGUUGCAGCAAUGGGUGUCUCCUUCCUCUCAACUUGCCCUUCUCUGCUUUCACUUGUUCCUCAUGAUCCUCCACUCACCACCAGACACCAACCUCGUUCAGUGCCCAUUUGUUGUAAUAAAAUCAAAAUCGAUGUUAGUGAUGAAGACCGGUUCCACUGGAGACGUAGAGACAUUCUUAAAUGCUUUGGGGCAACCGUUGGUUUGAAAAUCAUACUCGUGGUGUUGGUGAAAGAAGAGAAGGGGUUGAAUCAGGAAUUGAUAGGAAGCUCUGGAUCGCUCAUUGGAAUGGCUAAUGCUGCUGACUUGAUACAACGCAGACAGCGUUCUGAAUUUCAAUCUCAAGUCAAGGGAACACUUUCAACAGCCAUAAAGGGAAAUCCUGAUCUUAUUCCAUCCAUAUUGACAUUGGCUCUAAAUGAUGCUUUGACUUAUGAUAAGGCAACAAAAUCAGGUGGCCCAAAUGGCUCUAUAAGGUUCAGCUCAGAAAUAAGUAGACCAGAAAAUAAGGGGCUUUCUGCUGCCUUAAAUUUAUUAGAGGAAGCAAAAAAGGAGAUAGACUCGUAUGCCAAAGGUGGACCCAUUUCCUAUGCAGAUCUGAUACAGUAUGCAGGGCAAAGUGCUGCCAAGGCUACAUUUUUAGCUGCUGCCAUUCGCAAAUGUGGUGGAAAGGAGGAGAAAGGGAAUAUACUAUAUAAUGCAUACGGAUCAAAUGGGCAGUGGGGUUUGUUCGAGAAGCAAUUUGGUAGGGCUGAUGCUCAAGACCCAGAUCCAGAGGGGAGACUUCCAAUAUGGGAGAAGGCAAGUGUACAGGAAAUGAAAGAUAAAUUUUCUGCUGUAGGCUUUGGUCCUCGCCAGCUUGCUGUUUUGUCUGCAUUCAUAGGUCCUGAUCAGAUUGCAACAGAGACCUUAUUGGCCACUGAUCCUGAUGUUGCUCCAUGGGUUCAGAAAUACCAACGAAGCCGAGAGACAGUCUCUCAGACAGAUUAUGAGGUUGAUCUGAUUACCACUUUCACAAAAUUGAGUACCUUGGGCCAACAAAUCAACUACGAGGCAUAUACAUAUGCUCGCCCAAAGAUUGACCUUACCAAACUCAAAUUGUAAACAUAUAGUAAUACCAACCAUGUUAUCUUACUCCUCAGGACAGACCUUGAAUUUCAAGUUUUGACUUUUUGUUCUUUAACUGGAAGCUUUGAGCUUCUAUGUCAUUAUCCAUGCAAAUGUAGUAAGAGAACACUGUUUUGCUCCAGUUAAGUUGAAGCAUAGGCAUU